AUGAAAAUUUUACCAAACAUAAUUGUAACAGGUGUUCCUGGUGUAGGUAAAAGUACCUUGUGUGAGGAAUUAGAAGAAUUAAUUAAUAAAGAAAUAAAAGAAAUUAAAAAAAAUGAAAAUUUGAAAAUGAAACAUUUAAAUUUAUCAAAUAUAAUAAAAGAAGAAAGAUUAUAUGAAGAAUAUGAUGAUGAAUUAGAGGCAAGUAUUUACAAUGAAGAUUUAGUAAAUGAAAAAUUAAAAAAAUUAAAUAUUGAAAAUGGUGGUUACAUAAUAGAUUUUCAUGAUGUUAAUUUUAUUGAAGAAAAGGAAUUAAUUGAUCAUAUAUUUUUGUUAACUAUUAAAACUUCUAAUUUAUAUGAACGUCUAGAAAAGAGAAAUUACAGUGAAGCAAAAAUUAAAAAUAAUAUUGAAUGUGAGAUAUUUCAAGUUAUAAAAGAAGAUAUUCUUGACUAUUAUGAAAAUUCUAAUAUUUUUGAUGAAUUAGAAAAUAACGACUUAGAACAAUAUGAAAAAAAUCUUCAAUUUAUAAAGAAGUGGAUUCUAUCAUAUAUAAAUGAAUCUUAA